AUGACACAGCUAACCAAUCAGACCGACGGUAAAACUGCCGAUCUCUCCAGGGCCCUGCCUGAGGGUCUCACUCCGGAGGACAUGGUUGAUUACUACCGCCGGAUGAUUACCGUGCGCACCACCGACGAGCGCAUCUGGAUGAUGAACCGGCAGGGCAAGGUGCCCAUUGCGGCUUCCGGACAGGGCCACGAAGCCGCCCAGUUGGGCACUCUGCUGGCCGCCGAAAAGGACGGCAAUUGCUUCUUUUUCCCCUACUAUCGGGACCUGUCCCUCAAGAUGGGAGUGGGGCUUACACCCACCCAGAUCAUGCUUUCCUUCAUGGGCAAGCUGGGCGACCCCUACAGCAACGCCCGCCAGUUUCCCCUGCAGGGCGCCGAUCUUGACCACAAUAUCAUCCAGCUUUCAAAUGUGGUGGCCGCCGGGAUGACCCAGUCGGUGGGCUAUGCCCUGGGCUGCAAGAUGCGCGGUGACGACCGGGUAACGCUGGCCUAUUUUGGCGACGGCGCCGCCAGCCAGGGCGAGACCCACGAGGCAAUGAACUUUGCCGGCGUCCACAAGCUGCCCGUGAUCUUCAUCUGCGAAAACAACGGCUACGCCAUCUCGGUUCCCCAGCGGUUGCAGAUGGCCAUCGGCGACGUGGCGAAUCGCGCCGAAGGUUACGGCUUCCCCGGCGUUAUCGUGGACGGCCUGGACUUGCUGGCUUCCUACGAAGCCACCCGCGAGGCCAUCCACCACGCCCGCCGGGAGGGGCCGGUGCUGCUGGAAAUGAAGCUGGAGCGCCUGAUGCCCCAUACCACCGACGACGACGAUACCCGUUACCGGCCCAAGGAAGAGAUUGAGGCUGUGCGACAGCGGGACCCGGUGGCGGCCUUCGGCAAGUUUAUGCUGGAACAGGGCUACCUCACCGAGGAGGAGCAGGACGAGAUCCGUGCCCAGGCCCGCCGGGCCAUCAACGAGGCCACCGACGCCGCCGAAGCAGCGGCCCUGCCUGAUGCGUCAACCCUGCACCAGCACGUUUACGCUCCCUGA